UUGUGUUGUGGCAUUGGUUAAUGCACUUCACCUUGGCGUCUAAAGCUCAGCAUUUCACAAACAAGAUCAUACCAUGGGCGCGCAGGCAGUGGAGUAAUCACACAUCCGUGACGAUCUGCAUCUUCAACGCUGGGGGACUUGUCUUUGGCUGGUGAUUUAUUGAAGGUGCGUGAACCACAGGAAAUUUCGAAAAUGAUUAAAAUGGAAUUGGUUUUCGCAAUUUUGACCGGCCUUUUUACCACUGGAUUCGCCAGAAAUGUGACAUUUCACAGGGUUGCUGAACCAAUCGAAGACCACUACAUCGUUGUGAUGAAGCCGAAAGAAGACGUGGUCGCUGUCAAGAAGCUAAUCCAACUAGAUCGGUCUGGAAUCUUCAGAGACUCAUAUAUCAAGCACACCUACACAACGGCCAUUAAUGGCUUCUCCGCUAAACUAUCAGAGAGAGCUCUCGCAAAGCUCUUGGCUCGGGAUGAGAUCGACUACAUUUCGCAAGAUAGUAAGGUCACCGCUACUGCUGUAGCUCAAUGGGUCUUAGACCGUAUCGGUCAGCGGAACCUUCCACUGAGUGGCGAUUUUAGUUUCUUAGGAAACGGUUCUGGAGUCAAUGUGUACGUCGUGGAUACAGGGAUCUUCCCAGGUAGCUCUUUCUUUGGUGGUCGAGCAAAGGUAGCCUAUGACUCGGUCGGGGAUGGACAAGCUUAUGGCAUUGAUUGCAAUGGUCACGGCACCCACUGCGCCGGGACCAUAGGAGCGGAGAUAUUUGGAGUUGCCCCGGGUGUUAACCUCUUCGGAGUACGUGUCCUCGACUGCCAAGGAAGCGGUACAGCUGCUGGCGUCAUCGCAGGUUGUGAUUUUGUUGCGCGUUCAGCUAUGAAACCCGCCAUAGCUUCUAUGUCACUAGGAGGCUUUGCGCAGCCGGCGUUGGACGAUGCUGUGAGAGGGAUGUUUCAUGCUGGCGUUACCACAAUGGUUGCGGCGGGCAAUUCCAACAAUGACUCCUGUUUAUUCUCACCAAGCAGAGUCAGAGAGGCCAUAACGGUUGCUGCUACGGCUAUCAACGAUCGCCGAGCUUCUUUCUCCAAUUAUGGUAGUUGUGUUGACCUGUUUGCCCCGGGUGUGAAUAUCCCAAGUGCGGCAAUAAGCGGUGAAGAGUAUAUCGCAGCAUUCAGCGGAACGUCUAUGGCUUGUCCUCACGUAGCAGGUGCUGCAGCUAUUGCUCUUGGCAAAUCUGGAUCGAUGACCCCUGCUGAACUGAAAACCAAGAUGCUCGAUGACACAACUCCAGACGUGGUCGCCGAUGUAUCUGGCUCUCCGAACCUCCUUCUUUACGUGCCAUAACAACCUGAACAGACUUGGAUACCAGGAUUCCGUUUCAUUAAGACUUGUUAUAAUAACAAAUGCACGUUUUAUACAAAAAGUCUAUAUCAAAGUGAAUAAUUCAAGUAGCUUUUAACUGAUGUUAUUGCAAAUUUGUUUUCAUCACAAGUUUUACGAAACAGGGCCCUAGAUCGUACUGGAAUACGACGUUUGUCCUAAGCAUCACCGUGUCAAGAAUUUUUUUUCCUUAGGAGCAAGAAUUAGCAUAAAUGUUAAGCAGAAUAUUAAUGAAUAUGUACUGGAAAUGCGAACCGAUUGACCUUAUGAGAAUGGUGUGUUUUAUCUUACAUUUACAAUAAAUUUUAGAAAGCAAUAAAAAUUGCAUUAUUCUACAAUUUUGUAGGUCC